GCUCCGCCCCGGCUCUUUAAGGCGCCGCGGGACCGCGCCGUGUCGGGACGCGCCGAGCCGAGCCGAGGUGAGAACCACCAUGCCGAACUGGGGAGGUGGCAACAAAUGUGGUGCCUGUGGCCACACCGUCUACCAUGCUGAGGAAGUGCAGUGCGAUGGGAGGAGCUUCCACCGGUGCUGCUUCCUCUGCAUGGUCUGUCGGAAAAACUUGGACAGCACUACUGUAGCAAUUCAUGAUGCUGAAGUUUACUGCAAAUCUUGCUAUGGGAAAAAGUAUGGCCCAAAAGGUUAUGGAUAUGGCCAAGGGGCAGGCACGCUGAACAUGGACAGGGGAGAGAGACUAGGUAUCAAGCCUGAGAGCACACCUUCUCCUCACCGGCCCACCACAAAUCCAAACCCUUCCAAGUUUGCUCAGAAGUUUGGAGGGACAGAGAAAUGCUCUAGGUGUGGUGAUUCUGUUUAUGCAGCAGAGAAAGUAAUAGGAGCUGGAAAGCCAUGGCACAAGAACUGCUUCCGAUGUGCCAAGUGUGGAAAAAGCCUAGAAUCUACAACCCUGACUGAAAAAGAGGGCGAAAUCUAUUGUAAAGGUUGUUACGCCAAGAACUUUGGCCCCAAGGGAUUCGGGUAUGGUCAGGGAGCAGGUGCCCUUGUUCAUGCCCAGUGAGGGGCCUAAAAAUGCUCUGCUGAGAUCCUGCUAGAAGGAACAAGUUUCCUAAAUGUUACUAACUACUGUGAAACAGGUAUUAGUUACUUACUGUUCAGCCUAUGAUUUUAAAAACAAACCCACACAGCUUUUCCCCUCGCCUUGUGUAUCACACUGUAACACUUUUAAUACUGAGUAUCAAUUCAAUAAAGCUUUGCUUGUUGAUAUACCCUAA